CCAGAAACUUGAACGGGAUGUUGAUGCCACUGCACGAGAGACGAGCACAGCCGAAUCUCCUUUAGCCGAGCUGCGAAAAGGUGGGAGAGAAGGGAGCGGACUCCCUCCUGGAGUGACUCAAGGAUUUAGACGCCACGAGCUUCCUUCGGCAAGGCUUCAGGAAAGGUUGGUUUCCUGUUGCAUCAUUGAUAUAGCUUCCUAGACUCUGCUCCAUGAUUUAAGUCAAAAGUCUGAAAUGAAGAUGGAGGAGGCAGUGGGAAAAGUUGAAGAACUCAUUGAGUCUGAAGUCCCACCCAAAACUUCUCAACAGGAGACAUCUAAGGAGGAAGAUGGAUCUGUAGAACUGGAAUCUCAAGUUCAGAAAGAUAGUGUGGUGGAUUCUGCAGUGCUUUCUUCAAUGCCCUGCUUGUUGAUGGAACUGAGAAGGGACUCUUCUGAGUCUCAGUUAGCAUCCACAGAGAGUGACAAGCCAACAACUGGCCGAGUUUAUGAGAGUGACUCCUCUAACCACUGCAUGCUUUCCCCUUCCUCUAGUGGUCACCUGGCCGAUUCAGAUACAUUGUCUUCUGCAGAGGAGAAUGAACCCUCCCAGGCAGAAACAGCGGUGGAAGGAGACCCUUCCGGAGUGUCUGGUGCCACAGUUGGGCGCAAGUCUCGCCGGUCCCGAUCUGAAAGUGAAACAUCCACCAUGGCUGCCAAGAAAAACCGGCAAUCCAGUGAUAAACAGAAUGGCCGAGUUGCCAAGGUUAAAGGUCAUCGGAGCCAAAAGCACAAGGAGAGAAUCAGGCUACUGAGGCAGAAACGAGAGGCUGCUGCACGGAAGAAAUAUAACCUGUUGCAGGACAGUAGUACCAGUGAUAGUGACCUGACUUGUGACUCAAGCACAAGCUCAUCAGAUGAUGAUGAAGAGGUUUCAGGGAGCAGCAAGACAAUCACUGCAGAGAUACCAGAUGGACCUCCAGUUGUAGCUCAUUAUGAUUUGUCUGACACCAGCUCUGAGCCAGAAGUGGUAAAUGUGGACAAUUUACUGGCGGCUGCAGUAGUUCAAGAGCACAGUAAUUCUGUAGGAGGCCAGGACACAGGAGCUACCUGGAGGACCAGCGGGCUUCUAGAGGAGCUGAAUGCAGAGGCAGGUCAUUUGGAUCCAGGAUUCCUAGCAAGUGACAAAACACCUGCUGGCAAUGCACCACUCAAUGAAGAAAUUAAUAUUGCCUCUUCAGAUAGUGAAGUAGAGAUUGUGGGAGUUCAGGAACAUGCAAGGUGUGUCCAUCCUCGAGGAGGUGUGAUUCAGAGUGUUUCUUCAUGGAAGCAUGGUUCUGGCACACAGUAUGUUAGCACCCGGCAAACACAGUCAUGGACUGCUGUGACUCCCCAGCAGACUUGGGCUUCGCCUGCAGAAGUUGUUGACCUUACAUUGGAUGAGGAUAGUAGACGUAAAUACCUACUGUAAUACAAUGUCACUGUGUUUCCUGCACUGUUCCCUUCAAUUUCCUCCUCCUCCUCUUUGUGACAUGGAAGUUCAUUGUCAUAGCUUCAGCCUCAGAAGCUGUUUGUGGCAUUGUAUAACUCAUGGAAAAUUGCCCCCCCCCUUUUUUUUUUUAAAUUAAAAGAAGUCACUUAGGAAAAUAACUUA